AAAACACUAUAUAAGUAAUAAGGAUUAUAAUAAUUCUUUUCACUCGUCCGUCAUUCAUCACUUCAUCAGCUCUUUCUUGCUGAAAUCUUUUUGCUCUUAAAACACAAGAAAGAAAAGAACACUCCACCAGAUCGUGUUCUUGCUGCUCCAUCGGGUUAGGCCACCAUGGAGCGGAAGACUAUUGAUUUGGAACAAGGUUGGGACUAUAUGCAGAAGGGGAUUACUAAGUUGAAGAAAAUUCUUGAAGGAUUGCCAGAACCUCCUUUCAGCUCAGAGGAAUACAUGAUGCUUUACACGACUAUUUAUAAUAUGUGUACUCAGAAGCCACCGAACGAUUUUUCACAACAGCUUUAUGAUAAAUACAAGGAGGCUUUUGAUGACUACAUAGAGUCUACGGUUUUGCCAUCUCUAAGGGAGAAGCAUGAUGAAUUUAUGCUUAGGGAGCUUGUCCAAAGGUGGAUAAAUCACAAGGUCAUGGUGAGGUGGCUUUCACGCUUCUUUCAUUAUCUUGAUCGGUACUUCAUUGCUCGACGCUCCCUGCCACCACUCAAUGCUGUUGGCCUUACCUGCUUCCGUGAUCUGGUUUAUAUGGAGGUACGAGCUAAUGCAAGGAAAGCUGUGAUCACUCUUAUUGACAAAGAGCGUGAGGGCGAACAGAUUGAUAGAUCAUUGCUGAAAAAUGUUCUUGAUAUAUUUGUUGAGAUUGGUAUGGGUGAAAUGGAUCAAUAUGAGCAGGAUUUCGAAGUUCAGAUGCUUGAGGAUACUGCUGAUUACUACAAAAGUAAGGCUACAAACUGGAUUGAGGUUGACUCUUGUCCAGAUUAUAUGCUAAAGGCUGAGGACUGCUUGAGAAGGGAGAGAGAAAGAGUGACUCAUUACUUGCACUCCAGCACUGAGCAGAAAUUGGUAGAGAAAGUGCAACAUGAGUUGUUGGUGACCCAUGCUAAUCAAUUACUUGAGAAGGAGCACUCUGGUGUCCGGGCCUUGCUUAGAGAUGAUAAGGUGGAAGAUCUCUCUCGGAUGUAUAGACUUUACCAAAAAAUACCUAAAGGCUUGGAUCCUGUUGCGAAUGUAUUCAAGCAGCAUAUUACAGCCGAGGGUACAGCAUUGGUCCAGCAGGCUGAAGAAGCUUCUAGCAGUCAGACCACAAGUGGGCCUGGUCUUCAGGAACAAGUCCUUGUCAGAAAAUUCAUAGAGCUCCAUGACAAGUACAUGACAUAUGUUAAUGACUGCUUUAUAAAUCACACACUGUUCCACAAGGCUUUAAAGGAGGCAUUUGAGGUAUUCUGUAAUAAAAAUGUUGCUGGUAGUUCCAGUGCAGAACUAUUAGCUACAUUCUGCGACAAUAUCCUUAAAAAGGGUGGAAGUGAGAAGCUGAGCGAUGAAGCAAUUGAAGAAACUCUUGAGAAGGUAGUCAAGCUGCUUGCAUAUAUCAGUGAUAAGGAUCUCUAUGCAGAAUUUUACAGGAAAAAACUAGCCCGCAGAUUACUUUUUGAUAGGAGUGCCAAUGAAGAUCAUGAAAAGUGUAUUUUGACAAAGCUAAAGCAGCAGUGUGGUGGCCAGUUCACAUCUAAGAUGGAGGGAAUGGUUAUGGACUUGACUUUGGCGCGUGAUAACCAGAUGAAAUUUGAGGAAUAUCUUCGGGACAACACACAUGUUAAUCCUGGAAUUGAUCUGACUGUUACUGUUCUUACCACAGGAUUCUGGCCAAGUUACAAGUCUUUUGAUCUCAACCUCCCGGUGGAGAUGGUCAAGUGUGUGGAAGUUUUUAAAGAAUUUUAUGAAACAAAGACAAAACACAGAAAACUUACAUGGAUUUACUCACUUGGAACUUGCCACAUCAUUGGCAAGUUUGAACCGAAGACUAUUGAACUAGUUGUGUCAACCUAUCAGGCUGCUGCCUUGCUGCUAUUCAACAGUGCUGAUAAGUUGAGCUAUUCAGAGAUUAUGAUGCAGCUGAACUUAACCCAUGAAGAUGUUGUUAGAUUACUCCAUUCCCUGUCAUGUGCAAAAUAUAAGAUUCUUAGCAAGGAGCCUAACACCAGAACUAUAUCGCCAAAUGAUAGUUUUGAGUUCAACUACAAAUUCACUGACAAAAUGAGAAGGAUCAAGAUCCCACUACCACCGGUUGAUGAAAGGAAGAAGGUGAUUGAAGAUGUUGACAAGGACCGACGAUAUGCCAUAGAUGCUGCAAUUGUGCGCAUCAUGAAGAGCAGGAAAGUUUUAGGCCAUCAACAACUGGUUUUGGAGUGUGUUGAACAACUGGGCCGCAUGUUCAAGCCUGACAUCAAAGCAAUUAAGAAGCGGAUUGAAGAUCUCAUAACUCGUGACUAUCUGGAAAGAGACAAAGAAAACCCGAAUACUUUCAAGUAUCUGGCUUAAUGGAAGCUACUAGAGUAUGAAAGUGGCCAUUUUUAGUUCUUCAAUGAGCACUCGGAUUGCCUGAAUCAGAUUCUUCGGAAGAUACUUUCUUACAUAAUGCUGUAAAUGAUAGUAGUUAGUUAAUUCAGCUAUUGGAGAAACUUGUUUACUAGGGCGAAUCCUUUUUAUAUUUUUUUGGGGGUCUUACUUGAGUAGUUUAGAUGUCAUUUUAUUUUUGUCGAUAUAUAUAAUAUUACAUAAAUGAGCGUAGCAAGUUAAAAUUGCAGAUUAUGCUGAUGAUAUAUUCCAAUUAUAAUGACAUGGUCCAGUCAUUCAUUGGAUUUCUUACUUUGCGGGCAUUUCUAUUUCAGAAUGACUGCUGAUUUUUUGUUUUCAUUCAUAGAUUUAAUCUUUUACGGAAUCAAAUAAUUUUCUUUAUAUUUUA